UGCAUUUGCACACUGCAUCCCAUUUACUGAAAUCUCAUCAGCCAACCCUCGCCCUUAUCUAUCGUGGAUUUUUUCGUUAUAUGCAGGUAGACAACCGCAAUCGGCUUUCUUGAUGAAGAUGAGGAUGAAGCCUAUAAGCGUGGACGACUGCGUCUUCUUCUUCCUCACCCUCUCCGUCUGUGUCGCCGCCAGGUUCCUGCUCUCCCGCCUAUUCACAACCAACUCCUCUCCACAAGAGCAGAAGAGCACGAGCGAAGCGGUUCUUCCCAUCCCGCCGGGCCCCCGUCACAUCCCACUCCUGUCACCCAUCCUAUGGCUCCGCCGCUCCCUCUUCGACGCCGAGCCCCUCCUCCGUCGCCUCCGCGCCGAGUACGGUCCCAUCUUCGCCGUCCGCAUCACUUCCCGCCCCGCCAUCUUCAUCGCCGACCGCCGCCUGGCCCAUGACGCUCUCGUCCACCACGGUGCGGUCUUCGCCGACCGCCCUUCCUCCAACCAAGCCAACAACUUGCUCACCAGCAACCGGCACAACAUCAGCUCCGCACCCUACGGCCCAUUGUGGCGCCUCCUCCGCCGCAACCUGACCUCCGGGAUCCUCCAACCCGCUCGCGUCAGGCUGUUUGCCGACUACCGCCGGUGGGUGCUCGGGAUACUCCUCGGCCGGCUGAAAGCCCGAGCUGAGAACGACGCCGGCGUCGUUGUGGUCAUGGAAAGCUUCCAGCACGCCAUGUUCUGCUUGCUCGUCCUCAUGUGCUUUGGCGAGAAGUUGGACGAGAAGGCCAUCGGGGAGAUCGAGGCCACGCAGAGGCAUCUUCUCGGGUCCUUCGCCAAGUUCAACGUCUUCUCCUUCUUUCCUAGAAUCACCAAGCUCGUGUUCCGAAAGCUGUGGAACACGCUCGUAGCCAUACGCCGCAGGCAGGAGGAGCUCUUCAUCCCUCUUAUAAGAAAGCGGAGGGAGCGCUACCAGCAGCUGCAGAAUCAAGAAGAAGAGGGCGACUUCGUUUAUUCUUACGUCGAUUCAGUUCUUGGUCUUCGCCUGCCCGAGGAAGGAGGACGGGAGCUCACCGACGGCGAGAUAGUGAGCCUCUGCUCCGAGUUCCUGAGCGCCGGCACCGACACGACAGCUACCGCGCUGCAGUGGAUCAUGGCGCACCUCGUGAAAGACCAGCACGUGCAGCGGAAGCUGUUCGACGAAAUCAAGGCGGUUGCGGGAGCGCAGGCGGAGGAGAUCCGGGAGGAGGACCUGCAGAGGAUGCCGUACCUCAAGGCGGUGAUCCUGGAGGGGCUGCGGCGGCACCCUCCGGGCCACUUCGUCCUCCCGCACACCGUGUCGGAGGACGUGAGCUUCAACGGCUACCUGGUACCCAAGGGCGCCCCAGUCAACUUCACGGUGGCGGAGAUGGGCUGGGACGAGAAGCUGUGGGCACAGCCAAUGGAGUUCCGGCCGGAGAGGUUCUUGGCGGGCGGAGAAGGCGAGGAGGUGGACAUAACGGGGAGCCGGGAGAUCAAGAUGAUGCCGUUCGGGGUGGGGAGAAGGAUAUGCCCCGGCAUGGGCCUGGCCAUGCUCCACCUCGAGUACUUCGUGGCCAAUCUAGUGAGGGAGUUCGAGUGGAAACCUGUGGAAGGAGAGGAGGUGGACCUAUCGGAAGCCCUGGAGUUGACCGUGGUGAUGAAGCAUCCCUUGCGAUCUCGAAUGACGCCAAGAAUGUGAGACGGUCGAGCUUGUGACAAUUCUGAGACACCUAAAUCUUAUGGUAUAUCAUCGAACACCUUUGAGUGCAUAUGCUGCCUCGUUCAUCUUUACAAGAUGAAAAGGGUUAGAGUUGGAUUAUUAUCUGGUGACUAUUUGGAAACUAUCUUCAGUAAAACAACUUUAAUUUAAUUUA